CCUUCACCAUCCACUUCAACCACCCAUAAACAAUCCCACUCAAGACAUCUUCAUGUCGAUCUAAAAGAUCUCUUCCCUUUUUUGAUUUAGUGACUGGUAAUUCCACAGUCGCGCUUAUGUGUUUGGCACCCUCCAUCUUCACUUCUCAGGACUACAUUUCGGAUCACCUCUGGAAAGCUUCUGGAAACUACUGAAAUUUCCAUCAUCAACGAAUUAGAAUCAUCAAACCAUCUCAUCACAUACCCCCAUUAUGUUCGCCCAAAUCUUCAGCAAGGGCAUGCCCGCCCGGGUCUCUGCCUUCCCUUCAAUGAAGGCCACCAUGCAGUCUCGCUUCAUGGCGACCGUUCGUCAGCAGCGUCCUGCCCCUGAACGCGCGACCUUUACCAUUCGCGAUGGCCCCAUCUUCCACGGAAAGUCGUUUGGAGCCCGCUCCAACAUUUCCGGCGAGGCCGUCUUCACCACCUCUCUGGUCGGAUACCCCGAGUCCUUGACCGAUCCCUCCUACCGUGGCCAGAUCUUGGUCUUCACCCAGCCCUUGAUCGGCAACUACGGCGUCCCCUCCGCCUCCAAGGACAACAACGGUCUGCUCAAGUACUUUGAGUCGCCCAACCUCCAGGCCGCCGGUGUCGUCGUCGCCGACGUCGCGGAGCAGUACAGCCACUGGACCGCCGUCGAGAGUCUCGGCGAGUGGUGCGCCCGCGAGGGCGUCCCCGCCAUCUCCGGUGUGGAUACCCGCGAGAUUGUCACCUACCUCCGUGAGCAGGGUUCUUCCCUCGCCCGGAUCACCGUCGGUGAGGAGUAUGAUGCCGACCAGGACGAGGCCUUCACCGAUCCCGAGCAGAUCCACCUCGUCCGUCAGGUCAGCACCAAGCAGCCCUUCCACAUCGCCGCCGCCGACCCCCAGUGCCACGUCGCCGUCAUCGACUGCGGUGUCAAGGAGAACAUCCUGCGCAGCCUGGUCGGCCGCGGCGCCAGCGUCACCGUCCUCCCCUUCGACUUCCCCAUCCACAAGGUCGCCCACCACUUCGACGGUGUCUUCAUCUCCAACGGCCCCGGUGACCCCACCCACUGCCAGGAUACCACCCACCACCUGCGCUGCCUGAUGGAGAACUCCCAGGUCCCCAUCUUCGGCAUCUGCCUGGGUCACCAGCUGCUGGCUCUGGCCGCCGGUGCCCGCACCGUCAAGCUGAAGUACGGUAACCGCGCGCACAACAUCCCCGCCCUGGACCUGAGCACCGGUCGCUGCCACAUCACCAGCCAAAACCACGGCUACGCGGUCGACGCCUCGACCCUGCCCUCGGACUGGAAGCCCUACUUCGUUAACCUCAACGACUCCAGCAACGAGGGCAUGAUCCACAAGUCCCGCCCCAUCUUCAGCACCCAGUUCCACCCCGAGGCCAAGGGUGGUCCCCUGGACUCGUCCUACCUGUUCGACAUCUACCUGGACAGCGUCCUGAAGUACAAGACCAACCAGAAGGCCUUCUUCCCCGAGCGGGAGACCAUCCCCAGCCCGCUCCUGGUCGACCUGCUGGCCAAUGAGCGUGUGGGUGUGCAGCCCACCAUCGGCAUGCAGAACGUGGCUGCCGCUGCUGCUGCUGCCGCCGCUGCCGCCUAAGGCUUGUCUUGCUAUUUCUUUCGGGCGUUUCUGGGGUCUGGUCAAAUCGACACAUUGUCUGGGACAUUGUUAUUGUUGCUUUAACCUAAUUACAUAUCUUUAAUACGAACCAUUACAG